AUGACGAUGGUCCACCUUGAUCCGGGUAAGCAAAAACCAAGACUAGCCUUCGACAGAGAGCUCGUUUUCCCUAAUUUGGCUCCAGGCCAUUCCCUCAUUAAUGAUUACGGGGGAGUCUUGUCAACUAGUCUCUGCGCCCCGCAAAAUGAAUCAAUAUUGUAUUCUAAAGAAGCCACCGAGAGUGAAAAAUCCCAAAUGCACCGCUGGCUAGAACCUAAUGGCAGCCAUGCAACGGACCCUGACGACAUGGCAAACAAAACUUCGAUGACCCACGAGGCUAUGAGCAAUGGUCUUGACGGCUGGCCUGAAGCUCUUACGUCACCAUAUUUCGAGGAAAGUAAGGUGCAAUUUUAUGGUUGUCAGGUCCAGUCAUCCGCACAAAUUCAGGGUCCGUUCAUACAAAGCGUUCGCGAGAUAUCCAUACCUCAGACUCAUGGCCAGUACGCACAAUACGCUGCGCAUGCCGGCAAUCAAGAGAGAACAGUCGGAGAAAACAUCGAGACUGAUGAUGUCAUACUUGGUGUAGCUCAUCCCAUUCCCCGGGUGCCCAUCUUAUGCAUGACUGGCAGCAGCUUCUCAUCAUUUUCCGGCCUUGAACCUGAAUCUGUGGCAACAUCACCCUUCAGUACGCCUGAUAAUUCACGUGAAUCUUGGCUCACUGGCAAUAGAGCUCAAACCCAAGAAUGGGCAAUCAGUGGAGUCGAGUCAUCCGAGCUUCUCCGAACGUCAUCAGAAAAAACCUCUUUGCCUAUUAUCAACUGCUCAACUUCAGUUAGCGGGCCUUCUACGCCGCCCCCGUGGUCUACUGCCGGAGUUCGAGCAGCCUGCAAUGUGCAACAACAAAGUAAUAGCCGCGGUGAUGCUCUCUGGGUCGAGAUUCCAUGUAAACUGAGCAUGAAUGGGCUUGAUGACCAGGUGACAGAGGACUUCGAUCAUGAUGCCACUGCCAACAACAAUCUUCAAAGUUCGCCGCUGCAGGUUAACGCCUGUCAAUAUUAUGCACAGUCAACUGUGACCCGCUGUCAAAGCAGACUCGGGCACGCUAGUUUUCCCCUUAUCAACGAACGAUUUUCAGACGAUUCACAAUACAGAACAGCCCAGCCCUACCAUGAUAGCCCCUGUAUACACCACUUGGUGCAGCCAACCUUCACAACCAACAAGGGAUGCUUUCUCCGAGGCCAGGGAGCUAGUAAGCAAAUCGCUUGUCACAGCGACGGCAGAGACGCGUUCCUGGUGGAAUGUAAGCGACGCGGGCUCUCUUACAAGGACAUUAAGAGAAUUGGUGGCUUCAAAGAAGCCGAAUCAACACUUCGAGGAAGAUUUCGGACGCUGACGAAAUCAAAAGCACAGCGAGUGAGGAAACCUCAGUGGCAAGAGAAAGAUAUAAGCCUUCUAUGCCAAGCAGUGAAGGCCUGCAUAGAAGACGACAAGCAAUCCCGUAGUGAUAAUGGGUCUAGCUGUCGACCUCCUACCACCAGUCAGCCGCCCAAGGUGUCCUGGAAGAGAGUAGCCCAAUAUAUUUGGACACAUGGCGGCUCAUAUCACUUUGGAAAUGCCACUUGCAAGAAGAAGUGGUGCGAGAUACACGGUGUGAAGCUCUGGAAUUAA